AUGACUGAUACACUUGAUUUGAAAUUAUCUAGUCGUCGUCAUUGGAACCCGGUGAAGUGUCCAGUCCGUCUGGAAGUAAACGGCCAGACUCAAACUCCCGCAUCUCUAGUCAAAAAUGCGCUCAAUAACCCGUCGUUUAAUUUGGUGAUAACGACCACUAGUGGACAACGUGUGUACAUACCAUUUGAGGAGGAUAGAGAACUAUUCACCGCCAAUAUCGCCGACGACCCAUCGACUUCAUCUUUGAUAUCGCAUUGCCAUUUCGCGGGUGUCACAGAAGAUGGAAGACACGCAUUGUCGUUAUGUGAUCCGAAAGACAUCACCGGUCUUCUCAUCACCCAAACUAAUCGAUUCGGUCUCUCCACUACUUCCAACGGGUCUUCAUCCUCUUUCGUAUUAACGCCAUACGUUGAAAACAAUUGUGAUCUCGGUUCACUGGUGACAUCGGCUUCCCGACGGAAACGAGAAGCUGGAAAACCGAAUACUGUGAUUGACCGUAAUCCAUCGUACAUCAAGGAACAUCUGGAUGGACGGAAACGUUAUGUCGAGCUGGCGCUGGUCGCCGAUUAUUCAGUGUACACCAAAUACGACUCGGACGAGAAGAAAGUCAAUGACUACAUCCAGCAAACUAUGAACAUCCUGAAUUCGCUCUACUAUCCACUCAAUAUCCGAAUCACACUUGUCUACUCGGAAAUAUGGAAGAAGGGAGACCAAAUCUCGGUGCUCGCAGAUUCAAAGGAAACCUUGAACAAUUUCAUGGAUUACAAGAAGAUUCUGCUGAAAGACCACUUUUUUGACACUGGAUAUUUGUUAACAACACUGAAAUUCGAUGAAGGUGUUGUCGGCAAGGCGUACAAAGGAACGAUGUGCUCGUAUGACUAUUCUGGCGGAAUUUAUGUGGACCACAAUAACGACACCGUAGAGACAGUCGCCACUUUCGCUCACGAACUAGGUCACACAUUUGGUAUGGACCAUGACCCGAAUGACAAAGAUGUCUGCUACUGUCCUAUGCCAAGAUGCAUCAUGAAUCCACAAUCCGGACAUAUGGAGGUGUGGUCUGAAUGCAGUGUCAAAAAUCUUGCUAGCGGAUUCAAUCGUGGUAUUGACUUGUGUCUGUUCAACGAGCCUGGUCAGAAACCAAGUGACGCCAAAUGCGGAAACGGUAUUGUGGAAGCUGGUGAAGAAUGUGAUUGUGGACCAUUGAAAUGUGACAAUCACUGUUGCAAUGGUAGCACUUGUAAAUUGAUUGGAGAGGCUCAAUGUGCAUCAGGAGACUGCUGUGAUCUGAAAACAUGUAAACCAAAGCCGAGAGCUACAGUAUGUCGUGCAGCAACUGGAAUAUGUGACCUCGAUGAGUUUUGCAAUGGAGAAACCAACGAGUGUCCUGCUGACUUUUUCGUUCAGAAUGGUGCAACAUGUCCCGGAAGAGAUUUGGAGUUCUGUUACGAAGGUGGAUGUGGUAGUCGCAACGAUCAGUGUGCGAAACUUUGGGGACCCACUGGACACGUUGGAGAUGACAACUGUUACCGUAAGAACACAGAAGGAAGCUUUCAUGGUAACUGUGGUACCAAUGCACAUACCAAGGAGAUCAAAAAAUGCGAGUCAGAAAAUGCAAAAUGUGGACUGUUGCAAUGUGAAACUCAAGCUGAGCGUCCAAUUUUUGGAGAUCCGGGUUCGGUGACCUUCUCACAUAGCACGGUUUAUUCUGCGCUGAAACGUGAUGAUAAGAAGUUUUGCUACGUCUUCAAAUCAGCAUACGGUGGUCUUAACGCUCCUGAUCCAGGACUCGUGCCAGAUGGUGCGAUGUGUGGUGAAGAGCAGAUGUGUAUUGGUCAGAAGUGUCAAAAGAAGGAGAAGAUCACCAAAGUGACGGCGCAAUGUUUGGACGACUGCAAUUUCCGAGGUGUCUGCAACAACGUUGGAAAUUGUCAUUGUGAACGGGGAUUUGGUGGAAUUGCAUGCGAAAUUCCUGGAUACGGAGGUUCCGUGAAUAGUAAUGAAGCGUACAAGUUCAGAGGAAUCACGCUGUCCUCCACAUUCCUUUUGUUCUUCUUCUUGUUUGGAUUCUUGAUUGGUGGUCUUUGUAUAUAUUAUCGAGUUAAGAGGAAGAGGAAUUUAGUGUCUGAAUGGUGGGCAGUUGUCAAGAAGAAGUUUGACCUCCAUGGAGAUUUGGUACCAGUCCGGAAAGCACCACCGCCACCAUAUGCUCAAAGAAUUCGCCAAAGUUUCACCGCAAUGUGGGGCGAAGAUCAUUCUCACGUGGCAGUCGCGCAACCCGCUCAUCCACGAAACUGCUACAACUCCUGCUGCCGUCAACCACCUCGCUUCGAUCCUCCAUCAAUACCAAUGGUCACUCUGAAAAAUCCCAAUCUUUCCAGCCCGACUCCACUUUUGAAUUCAAGUGAAAAAGAACAGAAUAAUGAGAAAGUGGAACACCAGCAUGUGGAACUAUACCCAGUGGCAGAUAGUUUCAGGAGUGAUUCAGCGGCGUCAUUUAACACUCGAACCGGUUCCCUCCGACCCAAUGUUCAACCACCUCCCGUUCCUCGACCCAACAAUGACGUGUUGACAAAAUUAAACGAGGAUCUUGUGAAGGAGAAGAAAACGAAAUUUGAUCAGCUAAACAAAAGUCUCCCGUUGCCGCCCCCACUACCAAAGGAGAAGCCAAAGACUAGCAGUUCAACGAGUCUACGUAGGAAUGAAAGUAUACGACCUGAACAAGCACCACCACCACCGCCAGCUCAUGCGAAACCAUCUCUUCCUGCAAAACCACCAAAAACCACUACCACCACACACGAAGGAAACGACAAUUCGGAAGCCGAAGAGAAAAUCGAUGUUCGAUCAAUGGCAGCAAUGUUCAAUCAGAAACUAAAAAAAUGA